AAUACAAGCUGGUGGUGGUGGGAGCCGGUGGCGUCGGCAAGAGCGCACUGACCAUCCAGCUCAUCCAGAACCACUUCGUGGAUGAGUACGACCCCACCAUUGAGGAUUCAUAUAGAAAGCAGGUUGUUAUUGAUGGAGAGACGUGCUUGUUAGACAUUCUGGACACUGCGGGACAGGAAGAGUAUAGUGCUAUGCGUGAUCAGUACAUGAGAACUGGGGAAGGAUUCCUCUGUGUUUUUGCCAUUAACAAUAGUAAAUCGUUUGCUGAUAUUAACCUUUACAGAGAACAGAUCAAGAGAGUGAAAGAUUCAGAUGAUGUGCCAAUGGUGCUAGUUGGGAAUAAGUGUGAUUUGCCUACAAGAACAGUAGACACAAAACAGGCUCAAGAACUAGCAAAAAGCUAUGGAAUCCCCUUCAUAGAGACAUCUGCUAAAACAAGACAGGGUGUGGAAGAUGCUUUUUACACACUGGUGAGAGAGAUCCGGCAGUACCGGAUGAAAAAGCUGAACAGUAGUGAAGAUGGGAAUCAAGGCUGUAUGGGAUUGUCUUGCAUUGUGAUGUGAUAAGAUGCCAAGAAUGUGUGGUUCAGAUGUAGCUGCUGGACAAGUCUCGAUGCUACUGUAUUGCGUCUCAUGCUGAUGCCCUGCAGUAUUUUGGUGCCAGUGACCACAACCUUGGUACCAGUUAAGUAGCACAAAGUCCUUUUCUGUGCUCCAUCUGAAGAGAACAUCUAUGGCGUCUACCUCCUUGCUCAGCUAACGGAGCAGUUGCAUCUCUUGACGUACUGGGAUUCUUUUCUCACUGUGUUAUCUGGGUUUGUUCAAGAAGAAAACCAGUCACAAGAAAAGUGAACUAUAGAGACUAAAUACUGUGAAAAAGAUGACACUUUACCUCUAGAGUAAAGGUUAGAAGUGAUAUUUGUCCCCUUUCUGUUGGAUUCUGAUUUACAGUGCUGUCAGAGGAGUGGCA